AUGCCUGAAAUAAAUGACGACAAAGCACAACAUGUGAUUCCCUUUAUCCUACCAUUGCUCGCCCAACAUCAAGCACAACACGCUGCAUCUCCAAACCCCCCACCAUUUUUCAUUGGACUCAAUGGUGUCCAGGGCGCUGGCAAAUCCGUUCUGGUCGACAUUCUCAAGUCCACCCUGGCAGCAGAACCUCACAACCUGUCUACCGUGGUGUUCUCUCUGGACGAUCUAUACUUGACGCAUGCUGACCAAGUGGCACUCGCACAGGCAAACCCCGAUAACGCGUUACUGCAGCACCGGGGUCAGCCGUCCACACAUGACGUGCCACUUGCACUUUCCGUCUUCUCUAGCUUGAAGGCCAACAAACCUACCAAAAUCCCCCAGUACAAUAAGGCUCUAUUCUCCGGACAGGGUGACCGGGUACCCGAGUCAGAAUGGGCGGAGGUUAAUGGUCAAGGGAGUGAACCGGUCAAAGUCGUGCUAUUUGAAGGUUGGUCCGUUGGCUUCCGCCCUCUUAGUCAAGACGCCCUUGAGGCAAAGCAUGUCAGCGCUUCCCGAGCACUCAACAACUCCACUUCAGAUAGUCCCUACGUUGGGCGACUGGCUCACAACAGUCUCAAGAGUGUGCAAACAAUCAAUGAAGCACUCAAGAAUUACGAUGACCUGACAUCGCAGCUUGACGCCUUUGUCCAUAUCGAUGCUCAAGAUCCACUGUCCGUGUACAAGUGGCGACUGGAACAGGAAGCUGGACUUCGAGCCGCCCGUGGUUCAGGCAUGACGGACGAACAAGUCAGACAUUUUGUUGACGGAUAUUACCCUGCGUAUGAACUCUAUACGGAGACCUUGCGCGAUGGGGUCUUCAAAGGUAUCACAGCAGGUGACGCCUGGAAAGGUCGACAACUCAGGCUUAUCGUCGGAGUGGACAGGAAGGUAAGGGACGUGGUAAAGAUCUAG